CCCCUCAAAUUUCAAGUCAAUUCACAGGGAUGAAGGAGUGAACUGAUGCUGGAUUCAGAGCAGACUCAGUUCACUCCUUCACUCAGGAUUCACCAGAGACAAUCCUAGAUACAAACAUCUUACCUGGAGAGAAGAACUGGAUCGUUGCUCAGAUGAAGAUGAUCUCCCUGCUGCUCCUCAUCCUCAGCUCAUGUCUCUGUGCAGCAACAUUUGUAGUGAAUGUGACCCAGAGCAGCUAUGAGGCAGAGGAGAACCACAGCAUCACUCUGGAGUGGACCUUCACCACCAGGACUCAGGGAUCCGACAGGGAACUGUUCAUCUACUGUGAUUUCAUAACAUCAGUAAAGAGCAGGAUAAUAUAUGUUAAUCAUGAAGGUGUUGAGAUUCCAGAGUCUCAGGAUGAUCAGUUUUCAGGACGAGUCCAGAGUGACAAAGACGUCCUCAGAGAAGGACGAAUCAGACUCCAUGUGUCCAGACUGAGGACUGAAGACUCUGGUCUGUAUCUGUGUGAAGUGAAAACUGAAGAUGGAUUCAACUCUGGAAGAUGUCGACUCAACGUUACUGCAGCUGCUGAUCAGAUCCAAACUCAGAGACCAACUUUGACUCCAGAACCAGAGAGAGGAGGAAGAAUCUGCCUCAUUAUCGCUGUUGGACUGACAGCAGCAGUUCUGAUUGGUCUUUUUUGUAGUUUUUUAGCAAAACAUUUUCUUCCAGUUUAUUGUAGUGAUGAUAAAGAGACAAAAAAGUUCAGAAGUCUUCUCAGUAGAAACAAUCUGAUCAAAAGAUACAAAAUGUAGAUCUGUAGCAUCAACACAACAAACUGGUUUAUUUGGUCGAUUAUUGUCACCAGCUGAAGGAUUUUAAAACUGAUACGUUAUAUAAAUGAUCUGUAUUAUAUAUAAUUUAAGAUUAUAAUUCAUUUCAAGUUCAGUG